AGCGUAAAUUAAAGAAAGAGACCUUAAAAAAUUCUGUUUGGAAAAUAUGGCAACUUCAGCUUUAACAACUGCGACUGCAUCCGCUUUAACAUCAACCCUUCCUGAAACACCCAAAUCAGUACAACAAUGUCCCAGAAAUUCAGCCAAUUCCAGUUCUACAAUAGCUGUUCAAACAGGUGCUGUGGAAGUUUCCAAAACUUUAUUAGAGGGCGAAAAAUUCAUUAAAUGGGAUGAGGAUUCUGGUUUGGGAACGCCUGUUACAUUAAAAAUAGAUAAACAAGGCUUUUAUCUUUACUGGGUUGAUCAAAACCAUGAAAUGGACUUACUUGAUAUUGCUACUAUUCGUGAUGUUAGAACAGCACAAUAUGCUAAAAAACCAAAGGACUUGAAGUUGCGACAAAUAGUAACAAUGGGAUCUCAGCAGGAUACACUUGAAGAAAAAACAGUAACAUUGUGUUAUGGAUCUGACUUUGUAAAUGUUAAUUUCAUAAAUUUUUGCUGCACAAGAAAAGACAUUGCGCAGCAUUGGAGUGAUGAGUUGUUAAAGUUAGCUUAUAAUUUAACACAACUUAAUGGGUCAUCGACAAGAUUUUUAGAGAAAGCUCACGUUAAACUAUGUUUGCAGGUUGACAAAUUUGGAAAAAUUCCGGUGAAAAAUAUAAUGAAACUUUUUGCAUCGCAUAAAGAUGAUCGACGACGAGUUGAAAAAGCAUUAGAAGUAUCAGGGUUACCAAUUGGUAAAACAGAUGCAAUUCCAAUUCAAAAACUUCAAUUUGAAGACUUUUUCAAUCUGUACAAAAAUUUAACAUUGCGAACCGAGGUGGAAAAGCUAUUUGAUGAAAUUGUCGGGACAUCAAAACGAAGAAUAAUGUCAAUAAGUCAAUUAGUGGAUUUUCUCAACAAAAUUCAGCGUGAUCCGAGAUUAAAUGAAAUACUUUUUCCAUAUGCUAAUCCAGCAAGAGCAAAAGAUAUAAUACAACAAUAUGAACCUAAUAAAUUUAACGCACAAAAAGGUUUGCUAAGUUUUGAUGGAUUUUUGAGAUAUUUAAUGUCGGAAGAUAAUCCUAUCAUGGCGAGUAAUAAAUUGGAAUUGUGUGAUGACAUGGAUCAACCAUUAUCGCAUUACUUUAUUAAUUCGUCCCAUAAUACGUAUUUAAUUGGACACCAAAUAACUGGUAAAAGCUCCGUUGAAAUUUAUAGGCAAACAUUACUUGCAGGUUGUAGGUGUGUAGAAUUGGAUUUUUGGAAUGGUCGUACGGAAGAACCAGUAAUUGUUCAUGGUUAUACAUUUGUCCCAGAAAUUUAUGCGAAAGACGUAUUAGAAGCAAUCGCUGAAAGUGCAUUUAAAACAUCUGAUUAUCCUGUGAUAUUGAGUUUUGAAAAUCAUUGCAAUCCCCGACAACAGGCAAAAAUUGCUAACUAUUGUCGUGAUAUAUUUGGAGAUAUGUUACUAGAUUUGCCAUUAGAUUCACAUCCGCUAGAUGCAUUUUUGGAGCUACCUUCACCACAGCUACUAAAGCGUAAAAUUAUUAUAAAGAAUAAAAAAAAGCACCACCACCAUCAUCAUCAUCAUAAAAAGUCACAAAAUCAAGUAGUAACAAAUGCCUUAAUGCUAACAUCAGAUAAACAUCAACAUAUAACAACAGAAGAAGGUUGUUCCACUGGUAGUAGUCAUUCUCAAAUUACUGGAAAUGGUGAUAUUUCACAACAACAUCCUCCUACACUACAACAAUUUCGACAAGCGUCUAAGGAUAGUACUGGUUCAUCAGACACUGACAGUUCUAGCGACGAUGAAUCAACUCAAGUUCCUUCAUCAGGUCUUCCAGAACCUAAUGAUAAGGUGCAAAAUGCAAAAGAAACUGAAGCAGGAGCCGAAAUAUCAGCUUUAGUGAACUAUGUACAACCUGUACAUUUUAGUACUUUUGAAAAUUCUGAAAAAAAGGGACGAUUCUAUGAAAUGUCAUCAUUUGAUGAAAAACAAGCAACUGCUUUAUUGAAAGAGCGUCCAAUAGAAUUUGUAAAUUAUAACAAACAUCAGCUGUCUCGUGUUUAUCCAGCUGGUUAUCGAUUUGAUAGUUCGAAUUUUAUGCCACAGUUGUUCUGGAAUUGUGGUUGUCAGUUGGUUGCACUAAAUUACCAAACACUUGAUCUUGGAAUGCAAUUAAAUCUUGGAAUUUAUGAAUAUAAUCAGCGUUGUGGGUAUUUGUUGAAACCGGAAUUCAUGAGACGAAAAGAUCGAAGACUAGAUCCGUUUGCUGAGAGUACGGUUGAUGGAAUCAUUGCUGGUACCGUUUCUAUUACUGUAUUAUCGGGUCAAUUUUUGACAGAUAAGAAAGUUGGAACUUAUGUGGAAGUAGAUAUGUUUGGAUUACCCGCCGAUACAGUGCGUAAAAAGUUCCGAACACGAAUAUUUCGUGAGAACAGUAUUAAUCCUGUUUAUGGAGAUGAGCCAUUUGUGUUCAAAAAGGUUGUAUUGCCACAUCUAGCAAGUAUUCGGAUUGCAGCAUAUGAAGAGAACGGAAAGUUUUUGGGACAUCGUGUAUUACCAGUAAUAGGUCUAUGUCCAGGAUACCGACACGUUUCAUUAAGAAACGAAUUGGGACAGCCUCUACCUCUAUCUACACUAUUUCUUUGUAUAGUCGUUAAAGAUUAUGUUCCAGACGGACUUUCUGAUUUCGCUGAAGCAUUAGCCAAUCCUAUUAAAUAUCAAAGCGAUUUAGAGAAGCGCUCACAACAAUUAGCUGUGCUUCAAGAAGAUAUGGAACCAAGCAAUGAUGAUGGAGAAAGUUCUAAAGAACAAGCAUCUGUCGCUUCAAUAAAAAAAGAGAUAAAGCCAUCGGAUACAGCAACAAGUAGUCCUAUGCAUCGAUCAAGUUUCUGCCCAUCAGCAUUACAUUCUUCAUCUGCCACUGAAUCAAAUUUAGUGGAGUCUCUUUCAAAUAUUGAUAGCAAUUUCAUAUCGGGUAGUUCAAAUGUUAAUAUUGGACCAAAUACAGCAGUAUCCAACAUUUCUCAAUCAAACGAAUCAUCUAAAAUCGCAACACUUCCACGUUCACAACCUGAAUUAGUUACAAAUGAAACCGAUGAAAUUGUUGCGGAAACACUUGAAAAAAUUCUUGAACAUAAAUCUAUACGAGAAAAACGAGAAACGUUGGAGAAAAAAGUUCGUUUGUUAAAGAAAAAUCAUGACAAGAAAAAAAUUGAAGUAGCACAAAGUGACAUUACAGAUGGGAAAAAGUCAUCAAUUAACAAACUUGUAAAAAAACUUAGCAGUAAAAAUAUGGAUGUAAACAUUCCAGUACCUCCAUGCCAAUUGUUGAGUAGCAAUGAUGAUCCUCUAAAUGAGCGUCUCACAAAUCUCUGUCGUGAGCACGCAUUAACGUAUCGAGAACUGUUGGAAAAAUAUCACGAACAAAUAUUUACAAUGGCAGAAACCCUUCUGCAUAAAUCACAAGACAACCAAAUGCAGCAUUUAAAGAAACUAAUGGAAAAAGAGACUAAUGAAGUAAUGCGCCAGUUGCAGCACACGAGAAAAUCAGAAGUUAAACAGUUGGCAUUAGUUCACAAAGAUAAAGAUGAAUUAGAAAGAAUGAAACGCGAGGUAGCAUCAACAGUUGUUGAAAAGGGAGUCGCUGAACGAGUUCGUUUAACAGCAAAUUUCGAGAAAAGAAAAGAGGAGUUACAAAAGCAGCAUGAUAUAGUGCGAAUAAAAUUAUUGGAACAAAGAGAAAAGAUUAAAACCAUGCUAGAAAAGGAUAUGAAUUCACAAGCAUGUGCUUCAUCUGAAUCUAUUAUGAACUUUUUCAAUGCUCUUGUACCACCAACAACAUCAACAAGUAGUAUUAGUCUGUCAACAGAAGCAACAGCUACUCCAAAUGACAUGCAAGCUAGUACAAAUUGCUUUAAAAACUAAUGAGCCCUUAAAAUAAUUCAAUGUAAGUAAGAUACAACAGUGAUUUUAGUUAUAUUUAUUUUUAAUAAAAAGUGAGGAUGAAAUCUGUUUUAAAAACUUUUUACAAGAAA